AUGGCUUCUGUCACUUCCCUCGACAGCGAUAUGCGCAAAUUACGCUUGGAUAGAUAUACCGAAUCUGCUGCGAAUGAAGCCAAAACAUUCAUCGAAUCCUCCCUUGGAGAACCCCUCCCGAGUGCGGAUCUUUUGCCAGGUCUCAAAGAUGGAGUUGCGCUUUGCAAGUUGGUCAAUCUCGCUGUGCCGAACACUCUGCGGUUCAAGGCUAGAGCCGUAAUGCCGUUCGUACAGAUGGAAAACAUUGCGCUAUUCCUCGAAGCUUGUCGGAAGCCUCCUUUCGGUCUCCAGGAGCACGAUAUGUUCCUUACGGUCGAUUUAUACGAAGCCAAAGAUCCGGCGCAAGUCCUACAAUGUCUUGGCGCAUUCAGCAGAGCAGCAAACCGAAUCAAUCCUUCUCAAUUCCCAACCCCUAUCGGUGGUAAACGCAGCGGCGGCAUCAUGAGUCCUCAAGGCACUGGAUCAGGUCUUGUUGGUGGAGGCAGCUAUGGAAAUCGAGGACGUGGAGUUUCGAAUGCUAGUAAUGGGUCUUCGGCUUACGGAUCAGGUGUCAGACCUGUUAGUUCAUUAACACCUACGAGGACGGGCGAUUCGAACAGUGGAAGAUGGAGUCCUACAAAAGGCACUCCGCUGUCACCAUCAGUCAGUAGCUGGAGUAAGAAGGCAGAUGAAGGAGCUACAGCCCCGGCUUGGAAUAUUGCGCAGUAUGGAUAUAUGGGAGGUGCGAGUCAAGGCAACUUAGGAGUGUCGUUUGGUGGCAGACGGCAGAUCACAAGUGCUGGUCCGCAUGUUCCGAAUAUGGCAGAGAAGGAGAAGCGAAGAAAGGAGAAAGAGGCCGAAGAGGAGCGACAACGCAUACAGGCUGAAGAGGAUGAGCGGAGACAGCGUGAGGAGCUAGAAGCUGAGGAAGAGCGUGCUCGUAUCGCAGAGGAGCAGAGAUGGGCGGAUGAGACGAGGAAAUUGAGAGAGCAAGAGCGACAAAAAGCCGAAGAAGAGAAGCGCAAAUGGGAGGAAGAGGAGAGAAGAUGGAAAUUGGAGGAAGAGAGGCGACAGCAAGAGGAACAAGAGGCCGAAGCCCGAUUACAAGAAGAACGCAAGCGUAUGCGUGGGAACAGCGAUGCGCGAUUACGGGGCCAGUUCCUCAGCCAGUACCAUGCAGAAAAUGGCGCUUCGAAUGGCAACAAUUCGGAAAGCAGCCGAAUCAAGGAGUUGGAGCGAGAGCUUGAACAAGCUCGCGAACGAGAACGUCAAUAUGAGCGAGAGCGACAAGCCAAAUUGAACCAACGGAGUCGCCAGGUUGUGGAGGACCAUGAUAUGACCGUGCGAAUGAAGGAGGAGAACAACAAGACACGGGCCCGAUCACGAAGUCGGCCACGGGCACCAUCACGGAAGAACAGCGAUGAAGCAUGGCGAGAAGAUGAGCGAGAUUAUCUGCGAAAGCAAUGGAAUGCUUCACACGAUGCUCCACCACCAGCGAAAUCUCCUCGUCCUCUUCCAGAGCCGACUCAACCGGUUCGUCUAGUAAAGAAUAACACAGGUCCUUCCUCACGUCCGCUUCCCGACCCAACAAAAUACGCAGCCCCGAAACAAAUCUCCCCAAACACAAGCCGAACAGACCGUUACCUAGCUUCCAACCCUGCACCGCAACAAUCUCAACCUACCACCACCUACUCGAACGAGAUUGGUGGCUUCGACAGCUCAGCAGAACGCGAUGCCGAAGAUCGCAGACGUAUGGCUUCACAACAGAAGACCAAGGCCGGUGGCUGGGCAUCUAAAUCCCUCCUAGAAAGAGAAAUGGAGAUGGAGCGCCAACGGCAACAAGAAUGGGAAGAAUCUCAAAAGGAACUUAAAAGCAAGGUACCGCAAGGAAAUGGCGUUGAUGGUAUCGGUGGUGGCAUUGGAGGCAAAUGGGACGUUAAUCAAUGGACUGGGUAUACAGGCGGUGAUGGUCAGAACCGCGGAGCUCAGGGCAUCGGUGCGGGACGACGACAAAUCGUUGGUCCGAGACCGCCUCCUCCCGGUCGUUAG